AUGGAUCAGUCACUGUCUCUCGUCUCGGCCCAGGUCCAGUUCAUGGAGGAUCGGCUGGCCCUGGUCCAUAUCCCACUGGACCUGUAUCCGUACUUCUUAUACCCAAUUAUGCAAGUUCUCUUCCAUGAGGUACCGCCACUUCACGAGAACUCGGAAAAUGGCGAGAACAGCACUUCAGUACAUGCCCAGCCAGCAUUCUUGAACCUCUCCAUCACCCCGGUGGAAUGUUCCAUCAUGUGCCCCCGACAUCUCGCCAACCAGUACUUUGCCCCGUUGUUCCAUUUUCUUCAUCUCGACCUACUUCUCCGACUACAUCAUUGUUCCUCUUCGCAGCAAAGCUCAAGUGAUCGAGGCGUUGGAGAAGCGCGGCUUCCAAUUCGAGAUGUCCACGGAAGCCUUCAUCAACAACAAUCAAGCUUCCUACAACAACUGGUUCAGUCCGGUGUCCUCACGACCCUCCAGCACUCUGGGAUCCCCGCCCGCAACACCUCAGCCAUCGUCGCAGGAUGA